UCUGUGCUCAGUGAGGAGUUUUCUCCUCCUCACUCCUACCCCCCCCCUGUCGACUCCUCCAGAUCCUCUCAUCCGUACCACACCCUGUUCUCUGAUGAGCCUGGUGAUGAGUCAUCGUGUGGUGUGUUGUCGUGGACGACUCAGCAGGUUUGUCAGUGGCUCCAAAGACUGAACAUGGAGAAAUAUGUCCCAGAAUUCAGUGCAAGAAACGUUGACGGACAGCAGCUGCUGCAGAUGGACAGCAGCAGGCUGAAGCAUCUGGGCGUGCUCAGCUCGUCUGACCGCUGCACUCUGAAGCGCCGCAUUAAAGAAAUUCACACUGCAGCAGAGAAGGAGAGAAAAGUUCUGGACAAACUGGAGAAACAAAAAGCAAAACAGCGCAGGAAAGAACAGGAGCAGCGCAGGAACUGAACACCACCAGCAGAGGGAGACACUGACUGACCUCUGAUCUUCAAAUAAAAUCAUCUUUGAGAAACUUU